AUGCCACCAAAAGAAGCUCCCAAGAAAUGGAAGGCACCAAAAGGACCAAAACCUAACCACCGUAAAAACAAAAAUAAGCUUGAAUUAGGUAGGGCGAUUAAAUAUGCACGUCAAAAGGAAAACGCAAUCGAGUAUUUACCUGAUGGUGAAAUGAGGUUCACUACAGAUAAACAUGAAGCUAACUGGGUUAAAUUAAGAUCUGUGACUCAAGAAUCUGCUCUCGAUGAAUUUCUAAGUACAGCUGCGCUAGCAGAUAAGGAUUUCACGGCUGAUAGACAUUCAAACGUCAAAAUUAUUAGAAUGGAUAGUGGAAAUGAUUCUGCAACUUCUCAAGGAUUUUCUAUGACUAAUGAGCAGCGUGGAACUCUUAAUGCGAAGCAGAGGGCGCUUGCUAAGGAUUUGAUCGUUCCAAGGAGGCCUGAAUGGGAUGAGGGUAUGUCCAAGUUUCAACUGGAUAGACAAGAAAAGGAAGCAUUUUUAGAAUGGAGAAGAAAAUUGGCGCAUUUACAAGAAAGUAACGAAGACUUGUUGUUAACGCCAUUUGAAAGAAAUAUUGAGGUUUGGAAACAAUUGUGGAGAGUAGUUGAAAGGUCAGAUUUGGUUGUUCAAAUUGUAGACGCAAGAAACCCAUUGCUGUUUAGAUCUGUCGAUCUGGAAAGAUAUGUAAAAGAGUCGGAUGAUAGAAAGGCAAAUUUACUGCUAGUCAAUAAAGCUGAUUUAUUGACCAAGAAGCAGCGUGUCGCUUGGGCGAAAUACUUUAUCUCCAAAAAUAUUUCGUUCACGUUCUACUCUGCAUUGAGAGCUAAUCAAUUGUUAGAAAAACAAAAGGAAAUGGGAGAUGAUUAUAGAGAACAAGAAUUUGAAGAAGCUGAUGAAGAGGGUUUAGAUGUUGAUGAAGAAGUUUUGGAAAAGGUUAAAAUUCUGUCCAUUGAUCAAUUAGAAGAAUUGUUUUUAUCAAAGGCUCCUAAUGAGCCCCUUUUACCACCCCUACCUGGUCAAUCUCCUCUGAUUAAUAUUGGUUUGGUUGGUUAUCCAAAUGUUGGUAAAUCUUCUACAAUUAAUUCACUCGUGGGUGCCAAAAAAGUUUCCGUUUCAUCCACACCCGGUAAAACCAAACAUUUCCAAACCAUUAAGCUGUCUGAUUCUGUUAUGCUCUGUGAUUGCCCUGGUCUUGUCUUCCCAAAUUUUGCAUAUAACAAGGGUGAGCUUGUAUGUAAUGGUGUUUUGCCUAUUGAUCAGUUACGUGAUUAUAUUGAACCAGCAGGUUUAGUAGCAGAAAGGAUACCUAAGUACUACAUUGAGGCCAUUUACGGUAUCCAUAUUCAAACCAAAUCAAGGGAUGAAGGGGGGAAUGGGAAUAUACCAACUGCACAAGAGUUGUUAGUAGCAUACGCCAGAGCACGUGGUUAUAUGACUCAAGGUUACGGUUCCGCCGAUGAACCAAGGGCAAGUCGUUAUAUAUUGAAAGAUUACGUUAAUGGGAAACUGCUGUAUGUCAAUCCUCCACCCCAUCUAGAGGAUGACACACCUUACACUAGAGAAGAGUGUGAAGAAUUCAACAAGGACCUAUAUGUCUUUGAUAGACUACCUGAUACUAGAAAGGAGCAAGUACAAAACGCUGCUAAGGCUAAAGGUAUUGAUAUAGUGGAUUUGGCUCGUGAUUUAAACCAGCUAACUUUUUCUGCUCACACAGGUGGGGAUAUGCAGAAAGAAGCCAAAUCUGUCACACACGGUGGUAAGCAGGCUGCACUAUACAAUGCUGCUGAGGACUUGGAUAGGGAUUUCUUCAAGAUGAACAACAUCGAAGGUAAAUUAAGUACACCAUUCCACAAAGUUCAAAAUAGCUCAGCUGGUAAGAGACACAACAAGAAAAAUAAAAGUAAAAAUGCGAAAAGUAAAUUUUUCAGCAUCGAAAAUAACUAG